AUGAGAGGAAUCAUUCUAGUUUUUGCUCUAAUUAUAAAACUUGCCGAUGCUAAUAGCUUUCUUCAUGCCGAGAUUGAAGAUGAUGUGGAGACAGAAAUUAGUGAUUGGAGUGAGGCGAAAACUGAUGGGAAAUUAAGGCUAAUCACUUUUUUGAUUGGGAUUGAUUCAGCCGUGACUAGAUACUACAACUACGACGAAGCACGGAUACGCUCAGCGUUAGUUGUUUUGAUGCACACAGUUAAUCAGUAUUUCUACCCGCUGAACAUCCGACUAUCGAUUAUUGACAUCUUGCCAGUGAAAGGAACAAAUAUGGGUCUUGAUGAUUUUACAGCAUGGAAAAAGGAGCAAAGGAAUUUAAUAGAACACGAUGUGACUGUUCUGCUAAGACACAAUUAUGAAGGAGGGAUUGCUUAUUCGAAUGGAAUUUGUUCAAAAAACAGCUUGAUGAUUUCUGGUUUUUUCCCGGAAGCUACAAUGAACAAUGCCUGGGUAUUCAUGCAUCAACUAGCCCACGUAAUUGGAUUAACUCACCAACAAAAAUCGAAGUGCAAAUGCAAAGCAGCUAAAGACGGAAGAUGUUUGAAACUGCGCGGUUUUCCAGAAUGCAGUGUUCAAGAAAUGGUGAAGAAGUUGUCAAAUCACAGCUGUCUAUCACCACAGUCUCCUAGUUUUUCUUCCAACGUGCUUAGCCCAAAGAAAGGAUCUCUGCCAGUAUGUGGAAAUGGGUUACAGGAAGAAGAAGAGGAAUGUGACUGCGGACCAGAAAGAUUCUGUGACAACAUUUUGUGUGAUGCCGUCAAGUGCAGGUUCAUAGUGCAGAAGGCCUAUCUGACCAAUAUGAUUCCGAUGGGAUUUGCAGUUAUUGCUUUUAUCCUUGUUUUAUUAUUAUGGAAAUUUCUCAUAUUCCCUGUUUUUGCAUCAUUGUUCCAGUCACUUGCAUCAUUGCGAAAAACGGAAGUCGGAGAUCAAAAUGCAGAGAACCGAAAUGACAAUGAAAACUUGAAUGACGUUGACGUCGAGCAGGCGCCAGUCAGAAUGAGAGCUUCAAGGGACAGUGAACCAACGAUACCUGUGGAAAAUCGAAGAACACGGUUAAGUACUUAUGGUAGAAGUUCUGAUUUGAAAACAGCUGUAAGCAAGUUGAAAUUGUUACCCUGUGGAACUUGGUGUGCCGAACAAACGCAAAAGACUGAUGCAGAACAAAUAACAUCAAUUCUGACAAAGCAAGCAUUCACUCGACCAGCUAAGAUAUUUAUAAUAACAUCUGAAUACAUUGACAGUUAUAGUCUACAUACACUGGUCAUGACAGCUAACAAUUUGGUUAUCCAACAAGUCAUGAUUCCACAAUCUCCGGGUGUAGUCACAUAUGACGCUCCGUACUACAACUAUUACCGUGCUUAUUAUGACACUUACAGAAGAUACGCCAAUCGUAUGGAACAGAUAUAUCCUUACAUGCAUGUGGAAGUCCCUGCUGAUCAGUAUCCAUUCGUCCAACAAAAUGAUCCUUAUGGGAAUUAUGAUUAUAACACCUGGGCUAGUAGUACUUGCUAUUCAUUAAUCGGGUGUCAAGAGUGUAUGACUACGACAACCAUAGCUGCGAACGUGGAUAGUACUGCAGAAACAAUUGAAAAAUCGGAAGCCCCUGAAACUUCGGAAACAUUGGACACAUCUGAGACAGUGCAUUCUGGGGACUCUAAAAGUAAUGGAAACGUCAUUGAUCCCAAUACAAAACUGUCUGCGGAACUUGUUACUCAAAACAUUAUAUCUCAAACGACAUCACCUUCUGAGGACUAUGAGUAUGAAAUCACUGCGGACCCGCCGGGAAUGAAGAUUGACAAGACCCCCCUGCUGGACGAAGUGAACGAGAAAUCAGUCAGCGACGAAGAUCUUAUAUAA